AUGAUGCAGCAUGCUUGGAAUGGUUAUGUUAAAUAUGCAUGGGGAUCUAAUGAAUUAAGACCGUCAAGCCUCUCUAGUCAUUCGGCUUCAAUAUUUGGAUCUUCGAUGGGGGCAACGAUAGUUGAUGCUCUUGAUACACUUCAUAUUAUGGGCAUGCACGAUGAAUUUAAGAAAGCAAAAGAUUGGAUCGCAAAGAAUCUAAAAUUUCAAGGGGGUGGUGAAGCUUCAGUAUUUGAAAUUACUAUCCGAUUUGUUGGUGGUCUAUUAAGUGCUUAUGCUCUCACAAAAGAUAAAGUAUUCAAAAAUAAAGCUGAAGAGUUGGCUGACAAACUAAUGCCUGCAUUUAACACCAGAACCGGAAUCCCGAGAGCAACUAUUAAUCUUGCCAGUGGUGGAUCUCGAAAUUGGGGCUGGGCUGCAGGUGGUUCAUCGAUUUUGGCCGAAAUUGGUACGUUACAUUUGGAAUUUGCCUAUUUGAGUAAAGUCACCGGAAAGGAAAAAUAUGUUCAAGCGGUUGAUCGCAUUCGUAGCCAUUUAAAUAAAAUUGAUAAACCGAGGGGUUUAUAUCCAGUGUAUAUAAGUCCCGAUUCUGGCAGUUGGGUUCAAGAUACCGUAACUCUUGGUGCUUUAGGAGAUAGCUUUUAUGAAUACUUAAUAAAGUCGUACGUGAUGUCAGGGAAAAAGGAUGAAGUAGCGAAGAAGAUGUACUAUAACGUUGUAGAGUCCAUUAACAGCAAUAUGAUAAAGAAAUCGCCUUCGCUUGGCCUGACUUACCUUGCAGAAUUACACGGAGGUCAUCCAUCUAGUAAAAUGGAUCACUUGGCUUGCUUCGCUGGAGGAAUGUUCGCCUUAGGCGGGUAUAAUCAUCCUGAUCCGGCAAAAGGUAAAGAACAAGUACGUUUGGGUGCUGAAAUUACCAGCAGUUGUCAUGAAACGUAUAUUAAAUCAGCUACUAGAAUCGGACCGGAAGCAUUCCACUUCGAUCAAGGUAACGAGGCACGAGCUAUUUACGGGAAUGAAAAAUAUUACAUUUUGCGCCCGGAAACUAUUGAAUCUUACUUUGUACUCUGGCGGAUGACGCACGAUGAAAAAUAUCGUGAUUGGGGAUGGGAUGCAGCUCAGGCUAUUGAAAAACAUUGCAAAGCUGCAGCAGGGUAUAGUGGGAUUCGUGAUGUUUACACUGUUCCAGCUCAACAAGAUGAUGUCCAACAAAGCUUUUUUUUAGCAGAAACAUUAAAAUAUCUUUACUUGCUUUUUAGUGAUGAUGAUGUUAUACCACUAGAUAAAUGGGUCUUAAAUACAGAAGCACAUCCUUUGCCUGUAGACACUUGA